AUGGAUGAGCCGGCCGACGACAUCAAGAGCAUCGCUAGCGAAAUGGAGGAGGAUCAAAAGCUCCCGGAGCCAAUUCCGGCAGGGCUUGAUGAGAAAGGCCCCAAUCAGGAUGCCCAUGCGGAUGGCGGCGGCGUCGAGGACAAAAAGCAAGCCAUCCUCCACGCCUGCAGGACACGGGACCUGGCCCGGCUGAGGGCGCUUGCAGAAUCACCAGGGGGGUUCUUGUCGGACGAUCUGCGCCAGCAGGCAUGGCCAGUUCUCCUCGGACUACCUCCGUUCGGGACCGACGUGAAAGCUGAGGAUGAUGGUCGUGAUGGUCAUAAUGGUUACAGCUCGACGACAUCAUCAGCCUUCUCCUGGGAGUCCCUGCCCCGUCACAAAGAUGAGGACCAGGUCCAGCUUGACGUCAACAGGGCUUUUGUCUAUUACCCCAAGAACCAAACCGACUCCCAACGCCAACACCAAAAAUCCCUUCUCUCCGACCUCAUCCUCUCCGUUCUCCGUCGUCAUCCCUACCUGCACUACUUUCAAGGCUACCACGACAUAGCCCAGGUCCUCCUCCUCGUCCUCAACCCCCCCAUCUCAACCCCCAACACCUCCCUCCCCCAGACCUCCAUCCUCCUCUCCCACCUCUCCCUCCUCCACAUCCGUGACUUCAUGCUCCCCAGCAUGACGCCCUCCCUCGCCCAGCUGCACCUCAUCCCCGAUAUCCUCCGUCACGCCGAUCCCCUUCUCUACCGCCUUCUCUCCCUGACUGAGCCCUUCUUCGCUCUCGCCGGCACAUUAACUAUGUACGCACACGAAGUGCCCACCUUCUCUGAAAUCACCCGCCUCUUUGACGUGCUGUUGGCUCGAGACCCGUGCUUCACGGCGUACCUUUUCGCCUCUUUAAUCCUCGCCCGACGGGACGAGCUACUGUCCGUCGAACCCGACCGCGACAUCCUGCAUGCAGUCCUCUCCCGCCUGCCAGACCCUCUCCCCGUCCCCAUCGAGACCCUCAUCGCCAAUGCGGCCGCGCUGGAAAGGAAAUAUCCCCCCGAAACCUUACCGUCCUGGAAAAAGAGAGUCUCGAAAUGGAGUGUCCUCAAAACAGCGCGUCGCAAGCCCGGCAUGGAGGGCAUCCCGCCAGGUAGUAUCGAGGAUGCACAACAGUACUUUGAGAAGCAGGUGCGCGAGUUGGAGUGGCUUGAAAAGAGAGACCGGGCACGCAAGUGGGUGUGGCAGCAUCGUCGGAGCGUGGGGAUGGCGGGGAUGGCGGUGGUGGUUGCUGUGUUGGCUGUGUUGUUACGCCGGGCGGGGGAGAAUGUGCCGUCGGGGACGUGGGCAAGUGUGUAUUUGGGGUAUCCGGGGGUGCUCCCGGGUUCGGUGGCGGAGGGGAUGGCGUGGUUGUCGGGGGUUUUGAGGGGGUUGUGGCCUUAG